AUGACAGAACACUGGCAACAUAUGGCAUCAAUGCUGUCUGCACUCACCUCGGCUGUGUGGUGCUAUGGAAUGCUGCCGAGAACAAGUUCAUCUGCCCAUGCCACGGAUCACAAUACAACAAUCAAGGAAGGGUUGUUAGAGGGCCGGCUCCAUUGGUUGUGUUCGUUCCAUGGGUUGAAACAGAUUUCAGAACUGGUGAAGCUCCAUGGUGGGCUUAAUUACAUUGAAUUUGCUUCCAUUUUGUAUGAAUUUGUCGAUCUGUCGAGGAAAACCUUGAUUCUGCACUAUAGCAUUUGCAAUCGAGCAACAUUUUGGCAUGAUACUGCUAUUCCACUCUUGUGUAUAUCAAAUGUAAAGCGUUAUCAUACAUUGAGGAGAUGUUUUAAUUUGCUAUUAGAAUUCAGAACUUGUAUGAUACAUGUAAUUGCAUAA